UUCUUCGCCCCCGCAGAGUGGAAUCGGAAGUUUGGAAGGCUUCGGCCAUUUUUGGGUUGACAAUUUUAGUGAAUUAUCGAAAGGAACACAAUCGCAGUUAAUUUCUACAAGUUGCAAGAUCUUUGAACAAGGAAGUCAAGUAAAGAUAAAAUCUUAUAAUCGGUUCAGUGUUUCCAUAUUAUAAUCUGUCAUCAUGUCGAAUAUGCCACCAUUGCGUCGCACUUUAAAAAAUGUGGUUAAAAACUAUUCAGAGGCACAAGUCAAAGUUCGGGAAGCCACAUCUAAUGAUCCGUGGGGACCUUCUAGUACUUUAAUGGGAGAAAUUGCUGACUUGACCUAUAAUGUGGUGGCUUUCACAGAAAUAAUGCAAAUGAUCUGGAAGAGACUAAAUGACCAUGGUAAAAACUGGCGUCAUGUGUACAAGUCCUUGGUAGUCUUAGACUACAUUAUAAAAACUGGAAGUGAAAAAGUGGCACAACAGUGUAAAGAAAACAUCUAUGCCAUUCAGACUCUGAGGGAUUUUCAACAUCGAGAGGACAACAAAGAUCAGGGAAUGAAUGUGAGAGAGAAAGCAAAACAAUUGGUUGCAUUGUUAAAGGAUGAUGAACGAUUGCGCAAUGAAAGAGCGAAAGCAUUGAAAGCCAAAGAAAGAUUUGCACAGAAUGCGAUGGGAAUAGGAAGCAAUGACAAGGUUCGUUAUGGAGCUGGCAGCCCCAGUUUGCAGACUAGCUCUGGAGGGUACUCCGAUCCAUAUGGUGGUGCUGGAACUACAACUAAUGGUGGUGAUUCACCAACAAGAGUGCGUAGACAUUCAAAAGAUGUAGAGUAUGCUCGACCAUCAUCAGUUGGUGAGGAGGAAAUUCAGCUGCAGUUGGCUUUGGCCAUGAGCAAAGAAGAACACGAAGAAUCAGUGAAGAAACAGAAAUCAGAUGACAUCAAGCUUCAGCUGGCUAUUGAAGAAAGCAGGAAACAGGCUGAAGAUGAGGAGAGAAGAAAAGUUGCAAAAGCUCCAUCAGGGGGAUUAUUAGACUUGGAUUCACCUAGAUCCAAGCCAUCAGACCCAUGGGGAGCCCCAGUAACACAGCCAACUGCAGCUCCUACAGAUCCAUGGGGUGCUCCUCUCCCAGCACCACCUGGACAGAAGCACCAUCCCCCAGCUCCUGCUCCUGCUCCCGCAGUGUCUCCCGCUUCUGCAGAUCCAUGGGGAUCACCAGCUAAACCAGUCACCUCCACUCAGAGUGAUCCAUGGGGAAUGCCAAUGCCUUCCAAUCCAAGUCCCCCUCAGACAAACCCAGCUCCAGCAGCUAUGGAUCCUUGGGGUGCCCCAGUUCCCUCAUCAGGGACCUCAGGCAGUUCCCCCUGGGGAGGGUCACCUGUCCCUGCUCAGCAGUCCCCCUUUGGUGGAUUUGAUUCAGGGGCUAGUUCUAUGACAAAUGGUGGCAGUAAAGAUCCUGUAGAGGAUGACUUUGAUCUGUUAAGUUCCCGCAGCCAUGCAGAAUCUCCAGCCAAAGCUCCAGUCACAGACAGUUUUGAUUUGCUUGGAAACACCAGUUCUGCAGAUCCCUGGAGCAUGGAUAGUAUGGAACAAAGUCUACCAGCUAAACAACAGCAACAACAAAAACACAGAAAAACACCACAGGAUUUCUUAGGAGAAAAUGCUAACUUAGUGAACUUAGAUCAACUUGUUACAAAAGAUGAAUCAGCAGAUAAAAAUCCAUUUGCCAGUGGAGGAUCAAAUCCUUUUGAACUUCAACAACAACAGAAUCCUCAAAGAAUGACAUUAAAUCAGCUGCAAUCUUCAGCCUACAACACAGGCUUCAGCCAACCCAGUUCCAGUGGACUUUUACCCCAACCCCUGCUCCCCAUGGCUGGAAUGUCACAGCAACCUCAACAAGGAUACAACCCAUUCUUAUGAGAAAAGAAGGCAACUAAUUAUAGGACCAGAUUGUAUCUUGUCAUGGGCUUGUCAGUAGACAGUGGCCAAAUUGAUCAACGUAUACUUAUGCUGAUGUUUUUCACAUUUACAACAGAGAGGGAUUUUACAAGUUUUUAUUUGAUCGUUGAUCAAAGGAAUUUUAACGUGUUGUCAGACUCAAGAAUUUUGGUUAAAAACUGUGCGGAAUUUAUAUAACUUGUAUGUUUUUACUGAAAUCAUUAUUUCAUAGUGAAUAAGGAAAGAAAGAGGACAUUUUUCUAUAGAGAUAUAUACAUAUUUGUUCAUAGAAAAAAGAAAGAGAAUGAAAUUGUUCAAUUUUGUACUCUUCAUUAUAUUAACACAUCCCUGUCAUGUAAUCAUACAGUGUAUAUCCUAUCAUUGAGUAAGAAGUGGUGUAGGGCUUAAUCUUGAAAAGUCAUUGUUAAAAUACGAUCAAAAUUAAUAUUUCAAACAUUAAUUAGCAGAUCUGCUGGUGAUGUAAUGAUCAAUGAUGAUCAGUCGAAGGAAGAAUAUUAAUUGAAAAAAAGGAUUUUAUUUUCUUACUCUGUUUACUAUUAUUUUGAAAAUCGGUAAUUACUCAUGUGAUAAAGAAAUGUAUUUCAGGUAUGUGUCAUAAAUUUAUAUUUUUCAUUAUGACAUUUUCAGUGGGUAAAUUGAGAUAGUUUCAAUGCACAUUAACUCAGCAAUAUACACCCUUGUACUUCUAUCCUGGUCAAUCUAAUUAAUUAUCAUUGGAUAGUAUACACUACAUGUAUUUUGUCAUGAAUACUGGAUCCCCCAUUACAUAGAUGAUUAAGUAAAUAUGAUCAUUUUAUGUGUGUACACAUUCAUCUAUGUUGUUUUUCAUCUUUGUCUGUAUUUAUUUUUUAAAGAAAUUUAUUAUAAUUUUUUUUUUACUGGACAACAGAUGACAACCUCAUAAAGAUCUGAAUUGUUUGUGCUUUGGUGCCCCGACCUUUGCUCAGAGUAAAGAUAUCUAGUCUGAAGACUUACAAAACAGCAAUAUGGUAUAUACAAGUCAGACAUGAGACAAAUGAGAUGUAAGAGGAAGUGAUGUUUAGUUUUAAUUAAUGGGGCUUCAUUGCUGACUUACAUUGUUUUAAGUACAUGUAUUAGUAAAUUAAAGAUCUGUUCAUUUUA